AUGACGGCUGCUGUAGCUCAAAUCCCGACCACCGACGUUUUCAAGGCGGUCUCGUCGGCUCCCCGCAUCAGCUCUCGCGACCAGGAGGCAUCUCCCAAGCCCAGGGACAUUCACACCGAGCUCCAUUUCUACAAGGACCCGGAGGACGGUGGUCCGCCACAUCCCACCUACGUAGACCGCCCCGAGACCUACGAGCGGCCGCACGAGACUCACCCAGUUGUCAUCCGCGACGUGCGGGGCCGAGAGGCCGAGUACACUCUUGACCGGAAUGGGUUCGAGUUUAUUCGCCGUCCCGCGCUUGAGAAGGAUUUCUUGGAUGACGAGCAGGUCAAGGCGAUUUACUAUCCGGAAGUUGAGCAGCUACUCAAGGACGCGACCGGCGCUACUAAAAUCUUCAUCUUUGACCACACCAUCCGUCGACAGCCCGCCAAGUCGUCGAGCCGUAGCCCAGCCCUCCGCGGCCCGGUUCAGCGCGUACACAUUGACCAGUCCUACGACGCUGCUCUGUCGCGCGUCCCGCACCACCUCCCCGAAGAGGCCGAGGAGCUGGUCAAGGGCCGUGUGCAAAUCAUAAACGUGUGGCGGCCGAUCAAGACCAUUCUCCGGGACCCGCUUGCCGUGGCCGAGGCCGACUCUGUCUCGGAGUCGGACCUUGUCAUCGUGCCCUCAUCUACCCGACCCGCAAGGGCGAGACGUACUCGGUGA